ACUUUUGACAAAUUUCAUCAAGCAAAUCUACCGUCAAUUCGCAUUCCAAUUACACACAUUCGCUACUUUCCGAAGUCAAACAAAACAAACAAGAACAAUCGUCAACAUGAAGUUCACCACUGCCACCAUCGCCAUCUUGGCCACCGCCGUCUCUGCUCAGUCAAUCGCUGACUUAACUGCUCAAAUCCCAUCUUGCGCCCAAACUUGCUUGGCCACCGCCAUCACCGGUGCCGGAUGCACCAUCUCUGACAACGCAUGCCAAUGCGGUAGUGCCAACGCUGCCAUCACCAAGGCUGCCACUCCUUGUGUCAUCUCCGGCUGCUCUUCUGACGAUGCCUUGAAGACCCAAACCCUCACCUCCCAAAUCUGCGCCCUCGUCGCCUCAGGUGCCGGUGGAUCUUCAGGCGGAUCAUCCUCUGCUGCCUCUCAAGCCUCUUCGGCCGCUACAUCAGCUGCGUCUUCCGCGUCCAGCGCGGCCAGCUCUGCAUCUGAGAGUGUCACUUCCGCGGCGUCUUCAGCUGCCUCAAGUGCCUCCUCAGCUGCUUCGUCAGCAAACUCCGCUGCCUCUUCCCUCUCUUCCGUGGCUUCGUCCGCAUCUGCAGCUGCCAGCUCUGUAAGUGACUUCUUACACCAAGUACAUGUCUUUUUUUCUAUAUAGAGAUCUUUGGCUAAUUGAAAUGAAAUCAGGCUGCCAGUGCUGCAUCCAGCGCUGCCUCCGCAACUGGCUCCGCACCAGCUACAAACACCAACGCUGCCAGCAAGAAGGAGGUUGGUGGUCUUAUGGCCGGUGCUGCUCUCAUCGCUGCUCUCGCUUUGUAAGUGAAGCGAAGCGAGCGGAUUGAGUGUACAGUACAGUAUUGGGGUAGAGGAUAGGAGAGGGAUAUGGGAGGAAAAAGAAAUUGUGAAUAUAUGAAUAAGCAUUAUUGAACACCAAAAUAAUAAUAUUGUCAAGCAUAACAAUCUUGUUCCAUGUUGCUCGUGCUCAUAAAAUGAAAAGUUGCAACUGGUGAGUGUGUUGUAACGAGUCACACUGAUGUCACGCACCCCACUUGGGAAGGCACUGCCCACCUCGGGGGUUCUGUGAGUGUCUCAAAUUAUUCUAAACAUUCUACUCUAACACUUCUAACACUUAAAAAGAUCCAUCUCCCUUGAUCUACGUCAAGAAGUCUCUAUACUUUCCCAAUGCCGCCUCCCUGCUUCCCGUGAACUCCUGAUUCAAUCCAUCCAGCGCGGCAAAAUGCUCUGCGAACUUCAAACCUCUUUUAUUCUCCUUCUCAAUCCUCUUCCAAUCCCACUCUCCCUCUGAUCCCUCACUCUCCGGCGUCUCACUGCCCUCUCCCUCAACCUCCAAAGUCUCCGGCGUCGACUCCCCGGACGGCCCACUCAUCGUCGCCCAUCCGCCAGGUUUGGGUGGCAGCAAUCCCGAAGCAUUCAGCGAAACCUCCGGAUGCGUCGUCAACCGUCCCAACUUAAUAACAUAUUUACUAAUCGCGCUCGCAAAAAUGGCCUUCUCAUCCACCUCCUGACUGUUACUGUCCCCCUUCACAGUCUUAUACCCCUUUCCACCAAACCAGCUCCCAUCUGUAAGGAUAUAUGCGCUUGGCUUCACCGUCCCCUUCUUCACGAAAUGCGUAACGACGUAUAUCCACUUCCUGUCCCAGCACAGUAGGCGACUCCACAUCUCGAAGCCCUGGUACAUGCCGAUCUCGCGCUUGAAGCUGCACAUCACGCCGCCGAGCAUGAUGCUCCAUCUUCCCAGGACAGGUUUACCCUGGGCGUCGAGAACGAGUUUGGUUUGUGCAUUUUGCUGGAGGGCUUUGAUGCCGGGCUGGAUGAGGGCGCAGACGAGGUGCGAGCGGGUUACGUCGAGGUCGGAGAAGUAUGUGCUGUUGGAUUUGUGGAAGUUGUAGUCGCAUUCUGUGAGGGGAGAGUGCGAGGUUGUUAUUACGGGGAGGAAGAGCGUGGAGGGGGCGAGGGCGGGUGGGAUGUUGGGGAGGGAGAAGAGGCAGUGUUUGAGGAUGGCGUUGAAGACGCGGAA